GAGGAGACGGCUGUGAAGGGAGAGAGAGUUCUCAUUCAAUGUCUGUAUACCUUGGAGGCAGAAGUGUGUUUUUAGAGUGUGUUUGUCAGUUACAACUCUUGCACAGCGCCCUGGGCCUCUCCAGAUGUCACCAAGGUAAAGAGGGAGAUGGUAACUGAAUCAUCUCCAAAGUGUGAAGCAAUUUUCCUUUCCAAACCCCAGCCUGCCUCCUCCGUCUCGAACCGCCUCUCUUUUUCUGCAAUCCCUCCCAUGACAUCAUCGGAUGGAGGUUACGUAAUUUAAGGGCACCCCAUUUCCAGAGGGCCUCCCAGAACAGAAAACACCUCCGAGGGCAGCUCUCAGCACCAGGAAAACUGGUUGAAUUGGCGAGCGCUUCCGUUUUCUGUCCAAGUCCCUGUGGAUGGCACCCCAGCCCUUCCUGGAGUCCCAGUCCUCCAACCAGACCCAGCUCAUGCCCCCGAAUGCCACAUCCUGUGAGAACGCCCAGGAAGCAUGGUCUCUGCUGCACAGAGUCUUACCCACGUACAUCAUCGCCGUCUGCUUCCUCGGCCUGCUGGGAAACCUCUUCGUCCUGUCUGUCCUCCUGCUGCCCCGGCGGCGUCUGAGCGUGGCCGAGAUCUACCUGGCCAACCUGGCCGCCUCCGACCUGGUGUUUGUCCUGGGCUUGCCCUUCUGGGCUGAGAACAUCCGGAACCAGUUCCACUGGCCUUUCGGAGCCCUCCUCUGCCGCGUGGUCAAUGGCAUCAUCAAGGCCAACCUGUUCACCAGCAUCCUCCUGGUGGUGGCCAUCAGCCGGGACCGCUACCGCGUGCUGACGGACCCCAUGGCCAGCCGGCGGCGGCGGCGGCGGCGGUGGGCCUGGGCCACCUGCGCGCUCACCUGGGCAGUGGGGGGCCUCCUGAGCACCCCCACAUUCCUGCUGCGUGGCAUCCGGGCCGUCCCCGAGCUGAACGUCUCGGCCUGCGUGCUGCUGAUCCCCCACCAGGGCUGGCAGUGGGCGAGGCUGCUGGAGCUGAAUGUGCUGGGUUUCCUGCUGCCCCUCGCAGCAAUCCUCUUCUUCAACUACCACAUCCUGGCGUCCCUGCGCGGGCGGGCAGAGGUCCGCGGGUCCAGGCACGGGGGGCCCAAGGAUGGCAAGACCACGGCGCUGAUCCUCACACUGGUGGCGGCCUUCCUGCUCUGCUGGGCCCCCUACCACGUCUUCGCCUUCCUGGACUUCCUGUUUCAGGUGCGAGCCGUCCAGGGCUGCUUCUGGGAGGAUCUCAUCGACCUGGGCCUGCAAUUUGCCAACUUCUUCGCUUUCAUCAACAGCUGCCUGAAUCCGGUGAUUUACGUCUUUGUGGGUCGGCUGUUCAGAGCCAAGGUCUGGGAACUUUAUACACAAUGCGCUCCGGGCAGCCUCGGGGCGAUGUCCUCGGCACGCAGGAGAAAAAUCCUCCAACUUAUCUGGCGCAACUAGAACAGCGGUGAACCCCGAAGCUUGGCUUCCUUAGGAAUUAUUUCUGACAUCAUAAAUACCUUUGUGGCCGGCUGAAGAAUGGCCCCCGAAGACCUCCAGGCCCCGGUUCCUGGAACCCUGGAAUGCCACCUUAUGUUGCUGCUGGGACGAAAGCCAGGAUCCGGGGAUGGGGAGCUCAUCUGGAUUGUCUGGGUGGGCCGCGGGUGUAAUCCUGGGCUCCUUAGAAGAGGGAGGCACGGAGGGUCCGAGUCUGGAGCUGUGGCAACGGCAGCGGAGGUUGGAGCGAGAUGAGGAAGGAGACAUGAGCUAAGGCGUGCCGGCGGCCUCCGGAAGCUAAAAAAAGGCAGGGGAACGGAACCCCCCUGAGCCUCCCGAAGGAACUGGCCCUGCAGGCACCUCGAUCUUAGUCCAGGGAAACUCACUGCAGAUUUCUGGCCUCGAGAACACUAAGAGAAUA